UUGCAUUUUAAGUAUUUGUUAUUGUUUUGAAUUUUGGUGAUUUAAAUUUAAAUAUUAUGGAUAUCGCCAAUAAAUUAGUAAGACAUAUUAAAAGACGUAAAUUCUAUUUAAGACAAUACUGUGAUUUCCUGCCUGCAAGCGAAGCAAUAGUAAUAAAAAGUAAAAACAAAACAAGUAAAGCUAACCUUAAGAAAGAUGAUAGUAUUGAAAAAAAGAUCGAUAAUAUCUCCAAUGAAUUUAGAGUUAACGAAGUUAACAUACAGAUGGUUUCUAAGAAUAUAUAUGAGCAGUUGUUUAAACAAACAUCUGAAGCUGUAGAUCCAAAUCUAAUUGAAAAAUGCCAGGAGAAUUUGUUAAAACAUGGUAUUAAUUAUAAAGAUUACACUAGCCUACCAGAUGUUAAAUUAAAAUUGCCAAAACUAGAAGGAAAUGAUAUAGAGGAGCAUUUCUAUAACAUCGGUGAAAAACAAUGUGCUCCAUAUAGAACAUUGUUAAAUAAAUUAGCUGUAUCUAAACUACCUCCUUUGCCAAAGAAAUGGUCAAGAACAAAAGGUUGGUGUAAAUAUACAGGCACUGGUCCUCCUGAGCCAGUUCCAUAUCCACCUGAUGAUGCUGUCAUCUUUGAUGUGGAGGUCCUCAUGUCCGCAGGCAAGAGACCUACACUGGCAUGUGCUGCAUCUUCCGAAGCAUGGUAUGGCUGGGUCAGUUCACGAGUCGCAACUGGAGAUCCUCAAGAAUAUUUUGAUAAUGUAAACUAUGAGGACUUAAUACCACUAGAAACGGAUGAAUUAGAGUUGAAUGUGAACGAUUUAUCGGAACCUAGAAUUGUCGUUGGUCAUAAUGUAUCAUAUGAUCGGGCUAAAGUUAAAGAACAGUAUUGGCUUGAAAGAACAGGGGUACGUUUUAUGGAUACAAUGUCGAUGCACACAUGCGUCAGUGGUGUGACCAGCUACCAGAGAGCAGUGCUUAAAGCUAAGAACAAGGAACCUGACCCAUCCGAUGACACUUGGAUUGAUAUAAGUUCACUGAACAGUCUCACAGAGGUACAUAAUCUAUACUGCGGUAAGCCAAUAGACAAGCAGACUAGAGACAUAUUUGUCGAGGGUACAAUGGAGGACGUUCACGAGAACUUUCAAACACUGAUGGAAUACUGCGCGCGUGACGUCAUCGCGACGCAUAAUGUACUCAGCAAACUUCUACCGAUGUUUCUAGAAAGAUUCCCACAUCCAGUCACAUUGGCUGGUAUGCUGGAAUUAGGUACAGCAUAUUUGCCUGUAAAUUCAAACUGGCAACAAUACAUAGACUCAUCUGAUACAAUAUUUGAAGAUCUAAAACUUGAAUCCCGUCAACUAUUAUCAUUAAAAGCGGACGAAGCUUGCAAAAUGAUGAAUAAUGAGGAAUAUAAGAAAGAUCUCUGGAUGUGGGAUCAAGAUUGGUCGAUACAGAAUCUGAAAUUAAAAAAACAAACCUAUAAAAAGAAAUACAUGCAAGAACCAAAUAUCAUAAACAGAGUUCCCAAAGAGGCAGAAAAUUUAGAAGAUCUAAAUAAUAUUAAUGAAACUAAUAUAGAUAUUCAAAGUACUAAUAAUAGUAGUAUACUCUGUGAAGAAUAUUUAAAAGCGAUAGAAAACAAAAAUUGUAAUUCUAACCAACCAGUUACAAAAAAUGAAAUGGUAGAUAUAACCAAAAAGUUUUCAUAUCUCUAUGAUAUGGGAAAAAUGUUGCCAGUCAAAAGACCGUAUUUAGCCGGUUACCCAGCUUGGUAUAGAAAAUUAUGUACAAAACCCAGCAAAGAUAUCGAUUGGAUACCUGGCGCUAAUAAUAUAACAACUAGUAUGCAGAUUACACCCAAACUCCUUCGUCUAACGUGGGAAGGUUACCCUCUGCAUCACAUCAAGGGCGAAGGCUGGGGCUUCCUGGUGCCGUACAGCAGGCUGCAGGAGGAAGAGGUGGAGGGGCCGAAGUUACCGCUGGAGAAGCUUCUAGAAGCUUGCCCCUUGGUGCAGACUCCGAAGGAGGUGGAUACCGAACUUUAUGUGCUUCCUAAGACUGUUGAGGAGGAUCUUAGUAGAAAAGCGUAUUAUGCUCGGAAGAAAUUCGACGACAAAGCGGCAGCUAAUCAGUACCACGGCCUUGGUGUGUGGUGCGGGAUACAGCUACAAGGUUGCUGUCACUUCCUAAGGUUGCCGCAUAAAGAUGGGCCGAAGUACAAAGUUGGCAACCCUCUCGCCAAGGAUUUUCUUAAUAUGUUCAGUCAGAAUGUUCUCGCGGCGCAGGGGAAUGAAGCCGAAAAGGUAUUAAGUUUCGCGCGUAUGAUGUCGUACUGGCGCAACAAUCGCGAGCGCAUCCGCGCGCAGCAAGUAGUGUGGCUGCCCUUGCGCCGCCUGCCGCCGCUGCCCAGCAGUCGGCAGUACGGCGCUAUUAUACCUCAAGUUGUCGUCUGCGGGACCCUAACGAGACGAGCGAGCGAGCCGACGUGGAUGACGGCGAGCAAUGCUCACGCGGAGCGCAUCGGCUCGGAGCUGCGCGCUAUGGUACAAGCACCGCCAGGCUACCACUUUGUGGGCGCUGAUGUAGAUUCACAGGAGUUAUGGAUAGCAGCGCUACUGGGGGACAGUAACACGGGCGUGUGUGGGGGCACGGCGUUCGGGUGGGCAGUGCUAGCGGGGGACAAGGCGCGUCGCACUGACCUGCACUCGCUGACCGCGGCCGCAGCCGGUGUUAACAGGGACCACGCUAAAGUCAUCAAUUAUGCUAGGAUAUAUGGUGCGGGACAAAACUUUGCGGAGAGAUUGUUAAAACAAUUUAAUCCGACUAUGACGAUAUCUGAAGCUAAGAGCAAAGCCGCAAAGAUGUUCAGCUCUACUAAAGGUCGGCGCGUAUAUGUGCUGAAAAAGAAAUACAUGGAAGGCCUUAUUGAUGAAGAUCUGGAGGGAAAGACAGUAGAGAUGUCCGGGUACCAGGCGACGCGGCUCGCGAAACUUAGCAGUAAGAAAGUUGAAGACAUGUUCGAGAGGCCCGUGUGGCUCGGCGGCACUGAGUCUGACAUGUUCAAUAAACUGGAAGAGAUUGCUGGUAAGAACUGGGCGGGCACGCGCCUCAACUGGGCCGUGCAGAGCGCCGCCGCUGACUUCCUGCACCUCAUGCUCGUCUGUAUGACACACCUCGCGCCGCACGCCAGAUUCUGCCUGAGCUUUCACGAUGAAGUACGUUAUUUAGUACCUGAACAUCUAAAGUACGAGACAGCAUUGGCAUUGCACAUCACUAAUCUCCUCACAAGGGCGUUUUGUUCACAGCGUGUUGGAAUAUACGAUCUACCACAGUCGGUAGCGUUCUUCACUUCGGUAGAAGUAGAUCAAGUUCUGAGAAAAGAAUGCAAUGUUAGCUGCACGACGCCCUCCAACCCGCAUGGUUUGGAGAAAGGCUAUGGUAUACCGAAUGGCGAAUCAUUGACUAUAUUCGAUGCUAUUGAGAAAUGUAAAUUGAAUAAAUAGUUAAGAUAUUA